UCAAGCCAUAGCUAUAAAAAUUAAAAUUGUAUGAAUUUUUAACAACAACAAAAUGACUUUUGUAUGCAAACAAAAAUUGAGAUAAUAUGUAUUUAAGUGUUUUCGAUAUUUUAAAUGGCUUCAGAGCUUGCGCUAAUGGGUAGUUCUAAAUUAAAAUGGGCAAUUCUAAAAACAAAUUUGGUCAGUACCAAAAAUCGUGAAUUUUCUGUACUAUUCGUAUAUGUAAUAUUGUUUAAUUUAAUUAUGUAUUUUAUUUAAUAUUUUUUGUUUGGUCUUUAAUAUUUGUUGUACUAUAUCUUCUGUAACAUGCAUCAAAGAUAUUCAUAAUUUAAUUGGCGCAGAAGUAGAUUUAAAAAAAUUUUCAUUGGAGUAUGAUGAAUUGAUAUCAAUGAAAAAUAUACCUAUCUGAAUUACGAAAAAUGAAACUUAUUAAUCUAGUAAAAACAUUAUGUGGGUCAAAACAUUUUCCAAAUGUUUGUACAAUGUUGGCGAGAGUGGCAGCUGCUAAACAUCAUAUUGCUGAUGUUGAAAGUUUGAUAAGUGCCAGCAACUUAUUAAAAUCACCAUUACGCUCAACUAUGAAUAUUGAGACAGAAAAUUUGAGCUUAUAUAUAAAUUAUAAUAUGCUACCAUUAUACGGUUGGGAUGAUAUGGACACAGUUUGUCAUUGGAUGUCUAAAAAGAAAUAUCGAGUCCUUAAAAGAAGAAAAGGAAAGGAACAAUGUUAUUUUGGUGGAGUUUUCUUUGAAGUAUCUGAUAAAAACAAAAUUAUCGAUAGUGACGAUAGUGGCGAAGACACUGAAGAAAAAUAAAAUUUGAAUCUGUUAUUAUUAUUAAUAAAUUUUAAUAAAUAAAGUUAUGUAUAAAGUGUUUACAUGUGUAGUCAAUAUAUAGUUUGGUAAACAGUGGUUGUUAAGCGAAUUUAGCGAGCGACAAACUUAUUUAAUCUACAUGUACAAAAAUAUUUAAAUGUUGGGCAGUUCUAAAAUUUUCUUAGCACAAGCUCUGAAUGGCUUUAUGAACAACUUACAAGGAACCUUGUAUUAUAUUAUAAUAUGAUAUAGUAUUGUAUUAUUAUAUUUUAAAGCUUUUUGACUUGGAAAAAAAUGUUAUCAAAAUAAAUCUAUGAAGUUAACUAAAGAAAAUUUUAAAUAUCAAUUUGUACAAUAAUAAUUAUAUAUAUCGUGUCUAAAAAAUGUAUCUAUCCAGUGGCAGCGCCAGGGUGGGCCGCAGCCCACCCUAAAAUCUUCUCGGCCCCAGCUGGCCCACCUUGUAUGAUUUCAAAGUAUUUUUGCUUAGAAUUACAUCAUAAUAUUUUAAAAUUUAUAAAAUUAGUUUUUGUGUGCGACAUAUCUGUACCAGGUUUAAACACAAUUAUUUUUUUAUUUGAUUAAUUUUCUAUAUUAAAUGUUAUAAGGCAUUGUAAUAUUGUAAUUUUGAAAAUGUAUGUUAUAUUUUUCUCAAGAAGUGUUGCAAAUUGGUGGAUAUAUUAUGACUUUACUCAGUAACAUACCGAAGAGAAAGAGGGUUAUUGAAGUUUUGAAAAUUAGCGGGUAUUACACUUGAUAGUGACCUUUAUUUUUUAUUAAACUGUAAUUGUAAGUUGUUAUCGCUCGCCACUGGCCCUCCCUUUAAACUAGUGGCCCCAGCUUGGCCUACCCAGACAAAAAAAUCUGGUGCUGCCACUGUAUCUGUCAUUUUUGAAUUGCAACAAAAUAACAAAAUUGAUUUUGGCUCCAAAACAUGAUGACAGAAACAUACAAUUUUUUUUUAAACACGCUCACUUUAUUUUAAAUAAUCACUAUGCCUAUGAAUCUAAUAUAUAAUCAAAACAACUCACAUAAUAUUUUUUUAUUCAUAUAAACACCACAAGUUUUUAAUUAUUGGUCUACCUACAGCCUACUUAAAUACCUAUUUGUUAAAAUAACAUAGUCAAAAUUAACGGAUAAAUUGGUAUUAGAUUGGUAUUGGUAUACCUCAAAUAUUCCCAAAUUUUAUGAGUAACUAUAUUUGAAGAAUUUAUUCGUGACACAACUUCAUAAAAACCAGUUUUUGAUAAAAAUAUUUUUCAUAUGACACUUAUGAAUUGUCAUAAAUGAAUGCACUCGGAUAUUGUAUUGCAUGGUGUUUUUUCUACCCUAGUAAACACGCAAUUAACAUUUUAAAAGAGUUAGAAGAAGUACGACAGGUGUGUUGCAGGAGAAAAAAUAUACCUAACGAAUGCCAUAAAUCAGAAUUACAUAAUCAAAACAAAUUAACAUAAUGAUUCCUAGGGUCUAAAGACAGACAUUUUGUUCGGUUAACCUUAGGGGUUGUAACGUAUUAUAAAAUAUUCAACAAAGUUAAGAUUAUGUAAAUAUAAUUAAAUAAAUCCAUUUUAUUUAGAAAAGAAAAAUAGUUUCUAACAAUAAAAUUAAGUUGAGCUACCUAUAUACGUAAAUGCCAUAUUUUAUCCAUUCUCUUUUGUACGAUGUUUCUUCCUGAAAAUGGAUAUCCUGGGGCAUGUUUUUGUUAUUUUAACUUUGUUGAUCAAAUAAUAUGAUAAAUACGUCGCCAUUGCAUUAAAAGUUAAACAUUUUUAAAUGUAAUCAAUAUGAGUUGGCAAUUGUAAGAUAGAAUACAUAUAGUAAAAUUAUAUAAACCAUUAUAUUUUAUACAUAUAAUGAAUGCAUCAUCAUAAUAUUUAGAAACAAUCAAACUAUUAUAAGCAGUAUAAUACAUUGUAUUGUAUUGUAAAUAGCGUAUAAUCACAUAAUCACAUACUUGAUUUACAGUGGAAUAUCUUUCAGUCUUUAGCCUUUGUCAAAAAAAUCUUACUACCUAAUUCAUUUGAAAAAUCAUUUUGUUGUGGAAAAAAUAUGGCCCAAAAGUAUUAAUAUAAAAAGAGAAUGAAAACUAAGAUGUAUAAUUUAGUUUCUUCGAGUUUGAUAUAAAAGUUUAGAAUACAAUUUAAUACAUCGCUUCCCUCAGUAAUAA